UGUUCUGACGUCACCGACAAUAUGGCUGCCAUCAGUGAUGCGAAAGGAACGAAAAGGAGGGUGUGAUUACCCAUCAAUUUCUAGGUUUUCGUGAUAUUUACAUCAGGUUUUACAGAUUUCCAGCCUCUCUCUUGAUUUCAAAUUCUUUCGGCCCUGAUUUCGAAUCUUAAUAUCAGCCAUGGAGGGUUCUUUCUUGAGUCCCGCAGAGCAGCAAUAUUACCCCGAGCUCUUCAGCAAAUCCGACAAGGAAAGCUCCGGGCGAGUUGCGGCCCAGAGAGCGAUGAGUUUAUUCAGGUUGAGUCCGCAGCUCUCGGACGACGUAAUUCAGAGGAUUAAUGAGCUGUGUGGAGCUGGGAGAUUAGGGUACUACGGUAGGAGUCAGUUUUAUUGCGCUCUCAAGAUGAUUGCAAUGGUGCAGAAUGGUCUACCUCUCCCUAAUUCUGUGGAUUUUGUUAUGCAAGCUCGAAUAGAGGUUCCACUUCCAGAGUUUGGAGAUGAAGUAGCUACACCAAGACAACAAAGUGAAUCAGACCCUAACAGUCAGAUGGAGUUUAUCAAUCCAGCCUUCAACAUCACAGACACAGAAUUCACUCUCGGGGACAGGAAAGGAAGUACUCUUGCCAGUGUGCCGCCCCUCAAACCUACCAGACCAGACAAUAGUAAUCAAUUCAUUCAACAAAGUUCAUCUCCGACCAAUAUUACUAAGGUUCCAUCAUCUCCCCCUGUGUCGCCGAACCGGAGUUCACCUUCUUUUCCGACCCUGCCAGUAGUCUCGCCAGCCAGGACCUCAGGUAGCUUAGAGCGUAACCAAAGCCUGCCAGCCACCAUGGUCCUUGAUACGGGAGAUAGAGAUGUUCCUAUAAGCAGGCUGGAGAAACAGACUAGCGCACCUCCUGCUCCAACGUUGUCAAAAACAGAAGAGGGCUGGGCGUCAUUCGAGAAGACAGUCGAAGAAGAUGAAGGUCCAGACACGUCAUGGGCGCUGUACACCGGUGCUGUCAGUCCCUCAUCCAGUUGCUCCUCCAUCUCGGCCCCCGCAUCCUCCCAUCACACCUCGGAGUCUCCCAUCGACAGCAGGAGCGGGGUGGCCGACAGCCAGGAAGGGGAUGCGGAGGAGGAGGAAGAGGAGGACGAUGAAGAGGAGGAGGCGGAGGAAGAAGAAGAAGCGGAGGAGGUAGAAAGGGGAGAGGAGGAAGCAGAGGAGGAAGACGUGUGGAGCAUCAACAAGGAGCAGAGGGAUUACUACGCAAAGCAGUUUAAGAUGCUCCAGCCUGACCCCAUGGGACUUCUUCCAGGUGGAGAUGCGAAAGGAUUCUUCGAAAAAUCAAAACUGGCGACGGAAGAACUGUCAAAAAUCUGGCAACUCUCCGACGUGAACAAAGACGGCACUCUCUCCCUGGAGGAGUUCUGCACUGCCAUGCACCUGGUGGUUCUAAGAAAACACAACAUUCCGCUUCCAGAUGAACUGCCACCAUGCCUCAUACCUAAGAUGCCCACACUCAAUGGCGAUGGUCCAGUCCCUGUCAAAAGUACAACACCCGUUUCCAUUCCAGGUUCCCAUGCCCAGCCCAUCACCACGACAACCAUCCAUCCAAUCCAGCCCCACGCCCACACGGGUCGGAGCGUGACCCCGCCCUCAUCCGGGUCAGAGAUGAAAAAUGCUGAUGAUAAUUGGGCGACAUUCGUGGACUCGCCUUUCCCCGGGCCGCCGUCCCCCUCGUCCCAGCCUCCAGUCAGCUUUGAUUUUGCCUCCAUCUCACCUGACCCAGAUGCAAAGAUCUUUCAGCCAAUCGCGUUACAUCUUUCACCCGACGGCAAACCAGUGCAGCCGGAUCCCGAUAACCCGGAGACAAGACCAAGAACGUUGUCAGCCGCCCCUCCCUGCCAGACUGGGGAGGGGUCGAUCGAGCAGGUUGCACCCUACCCUCGUGUCCCUAGAAAUCGGUCAAGUGAAUUGGAGGAAAAUAGGUCUCACACAGGUGCAACUAUAAGUAUGCACACCCCAGGGCGACUGCCCCUGUAUAGACAAGGAGCGGUGACUGCAGAGACUGGAGGAGAGUCGCCCCGAGGCCACGCCCCUCCCCGCCCUCAACCUCAGAACGCGACUAAGGCCCAUCAUCAUGGGUCAAAGGUCGAUCAGGCUCUGCUUCCUCCUUCCAGCGGCAAGACCAAGAGGAAAGUGCCCCACCCGACGAAGACAAUGACUCGAGAUGCGGAUCAACGGCGGUCAAGAGAGGGCAACGUUGAUUCAAGCAGUGCCCUGGCGUACGCAGGUACCACCCUGCCUCGGCCGCGGCUGAGCAAGUCUCUGAACUCGGCCAUGUUGAAAGGAGCCUUGCCUCCACCAGAGCCUACAGAGGGAGGGGCGGCUGCCCCGCCCCUACCCCCUCGGAAGCAUCAACGUAAUCAUUCUCGUUCAAGCUCGCUCGAUCUUAAUCUUGUGUUCCAGGAUGAAAAAUCCAGUAGUGUUUCAUCACCACGUCCAGUAAUACCACCAAGACCUACAGCUCAGCAAGUUCAGCAAAGUAAAACCCAAAGCAUGGAUAUGUCGUCAACGGAACACGACUUUGCCGAUUUCAGCAAGUUUGACGCGAUGAAGGCCAAGUCGUCAAGUUUAAAGAUGGACAGGAGAGGCGCGUCAUUAGACUACACCAACAGAACGAUAGAGCAGUCAGUCCCUCCAGUGCCCCCUCCAAGGCCAUCAGCCAGUGAAGAGGAUCUAGUGGAAGAAGGAGAAGAUGAUGGAAAGGUGUCACCUCGCAACCUAACGAACAAAGAGAGGCAUCUCUCAGGGGACACGGAAGCUGAGAAGAGAAGAGAACAGUUCUCAAAAGAGAGAAAAAGACAUUUAUCAGCACCGGUCAAUCUUGGAGUCGCAGAGAUCCGGACGGGUGACAGGAAGUCCGUCCAGGCGCGGAUCCGCCAAGAGAAGGACGAGAACACGAAGCUCUCGCGGCACAACAGCGAGAUGCAGCAGGAGCUGCGAACGCUAACCGACCAACGCCUUGCCUUGGAGAUCAGUCUAGAGAGAUUGCGUCCCUUCACAGCCAGCUAGUCCAGGCUUUAUUCUUCUGUCUUUAUUUAAUAAUUAUUAUUAUCGUUGUACAGUAGAGGAAAACACAUUUGGCAUUUUAUAUAUUUGAAUGAACACAUUGGAGAUUUGUGCUGGUUCUGUUGCUUUAACUCAUCAGCUAUGUGAGCCAGGCAAUAUGUGCAUUGAUCCAAUAGGAUCUACAAAUGCGGAAGCCAAGAGCAUAAUUUUUGCUUCUCUCUCACUACAAAACUACUUCUAAAAGGGGUAUCAUGCUUGGAUGUGUUUUAGCCAUUACAUACCAAUGUACUGAAAAUUGUUCACAAAGGUGCAUAGAGAGUUUACGAAGGGAAUAAUGGUGUAUUGUGGGUCCAUUAUUAUGCCGGCCUUUCCAAAUCUUACCUUAGAUGGCGCUAUUCUAAAGGCUUUGGUCAGUGUCGUUUGUCCGGAGAGUCUGGUCCAUUUUUUUUCAGAUGCGUAACAGCAUGGAAACUUGGUAGGAUCUUUUGUUCUGUCUGCCAGAUAAAGCAGAGAAUUUGUGAUUGUAGAUGCUGAAUUCUUAUGGUACAUAGAUGGUUAACUGAUGGGUAUGUUAGAACAUAUUUCCAGAUGUAAGCUUUCAUUCAAUUGAAAUUUGGACCUGCGUGCAUACAGCCUCCAUACUAAAUUCUUGACCCAAAAUGAUAAUAGGCACUUAUACAGUAUUAAGACCAGGUCCCCAUCUUACAAAGAGUCAUGAUUGAUCCGAUCAAAUUCAACUACAUAUGGAAAUCCAUCGUUGUCAUAAUUUUUCCCACUCAGGAAGUUCGCUCAUUGUCCUUUGUUACAAAGAGAAGCACACUGAAUGUUCAAGAAAAUGAUGGAUGUAUGAAUAUACAUGGUAUCUGUAUGAAUAUGGUAUCUAGACAAUAUUUAGAAGAAACAUGCAGUUUAUACGUUGACAUUGCUGGCCGUCCAUAGUUGUGGUUGAUCUGGUCAAUCGUAACUCUUUGUAAGACAGGGCCCCCAGAUUGCAGUCAUUUAUAUGUAAGGUUGUAUUCUGAGGCUUUCUUUGUUUGUUCAUUUUC